AUGCGUCGUAUACUGGACGUGAACGCACUCUACUCAGUCUCUCCGGUUGCGUGGACAGUUUGCCGAUCUUCUGCUAUAUCUUCUUUAGAAUGUCGUCAUGUGGUGUGCUCCACUCCAAGUCCUCGAGAUGGUGAUGUGAAUAGUCUUCGACAGUUACUAGACGAACGUUCUGACCAUUUGUCUUCUAGUAUUACAUCCGAGGAUUGCUAUUAUGGUUGGACCCCUGCUCACUGGGCAGCCUAUUUUGGCAAACUUGCCUGUUUACGUAAACUAUCCUGCCAUGACCGACCAGCCAAUUUAAAAUGUGAUAUGCGAAACUCACAAUUUCUACAGACUCCUUCUCAUCUUGCUGCAUAUGCUGGCCACCCUCACUGUUUGCAGUGGUUAAUGCAGUCACAAGCUUCCAUCAAUGCACAAGAUUACCUUGGAGAAACUCCACUUCAUAAGGCUGCCCGCACUGGAAGCAUGGAAUGUGUUAGUUUACUGGUUUCAUAUCAGUCUAACUUUAAUAUUCAGAAUCAUAAAGGACAAACUGCUAGUCAAUUAGCUAGAUUGUGUGGUUUCCCAAAUUGUGCUACUUACCUAGAACAUGCAUCAAGUGUAACCUUAUCUCCUCUUUCCAAUAUGGAAACCGAUGACCAGAAAACAUUACCAUCACAAAGCAUUAAAGAGCCAUCAAUGACAGACAUUCUCAUGGAUCAUGGUGUUAUGCAGAACUCCAAAUUGGUUGGUGGCCGUAAAAGAUCACGAGAAGAUCUUGAAGAAGGAAGCUAUAAAAAGCUGCGACAAACUGAGUCAGAUGGCAGCACACAUGUGUCUGACACUGCUGCUAGUACUCCUACUACCAACAAUAGUGUCCUGAACUCUUUCAAUGCAUCAACAAUGGCAGAUUUGACUGAUGCACCCAUGAAUAUCCAGACCCAUCAAAUUUUUUGGAUAAGCUUCUGCCAAAAUGAUGACAACGCUAAACAGCCACCAAAUAUGGAAUUUGAAAAUAAUUUCUGUCAUAGUAGCCCUAAGUUUUAUAUGGACCUUACUGAAUGCCACAGCUCUUAA